UGUCAUCACAUUCUCAAGAGAAGGAUGGUGUAAUGUUUUCGGUUUGUUGAAUUUACUUUUCUUACGAUGGAAUCUAUUAGUUCCGAUGGUGAUAGUGGUGAUAAAUACACUAUUAAUGGAGACUGUUCGCCGACUUCAAAUAAAGACUCCAACAGCUUAAAUCAUGCAAAAAAUAUCGAUGACAUCUCUACGCCUUCUGAAUUGAAAUUUGAUGAAGAUUUUGAGUUCGAGGACCCUGAUGUCACCAAGAAGCGAAAAGAAAUAGAAAAAUGUCUGUUAAAUCCAGAUGUAGUGAACUUAGAACAAUGGGUACACUUUGCUAAAAGUAAAGCAGGUUUGAUUUCUGAUGAAUAUAGAAGAAAAAUAUGGCCUUUAUUAGUUGGUGUUACACAGGAAGAGAUGACGGAACCACCUUCACUUGAUGAACUCUCGACACACCCUGAGUAUAAUCAGGUUGUGUUAGAUGUGAACAGGUCUUUAAAGCGGUUCCCCCCUGGCAUUCCAUAUGAGCAGAGAGUGGCUCUCCAGGAUCAGCUAACAGUGCUCAUUUUACGAGUCAUCAUGAAAUAUCCGCAUUUGAAAUAUUAUCAAGGUUACCACGAUGUAGCGAUUACGUUACUAUUGGUGUGUGGUGAUAAAGCUUCGUUCCCGUUGCUGUGUCGUCUGUCGUACGGACCAAGUGCUCCGCUAGCACCCUUCAUGCAGACUACGAUGCAGCCCACACAGCACCUGCUCAACUACAUGCUGCCCGUUAUACGAAGGGCCGAUGAAAGGCUGGCGGAUUGCUUAGAAAAGUCUGGCGUGGGCACGAUGUUCGCGCUGCCGUGGUACCUGACGUGGUUCGGGCACAGCCUCAACCGCUACGCGGACGUGGUGCGGCUGUACGACUACUUCCUGUGCGCCGCGCCGCUGUUCCCCGUCUACGUCACGGCGGCGCUCGUGCUGCACCGCGCGCCCGACGUGCUGCUCUGCGACGCCGACAUGGCCAUGAUGCACUGCCUGCUGUCCCGGUUACCAGAUGACUUGCCGUUCGAAGACAUAUUGGUGACAGCGAAAAAAUUAUACGACGAAAACGAUCCGACUGACUUAGAGGCCGAGGUUGAUGCGUUAGAAAAGAGAGAGGAGCAGCAGCGGCGCGCGGACGACGAGCGCAUGCGGCGGCGCGCGGCGGAGCGCGCGGGGCGCGGCGCGCGGGGCGGGGGGCGCGGCGGCGGCGGCGGCGGCGGCUGGCGGCUCGUGCCGGCGGCGCUGCGGCGCCCGGGCCCGCGCCGCGCCGCGUUGGCGCUGGCGGCCGCGCUGCUCGCCGUCUACGUGUACUACCGCCCCGACCUCUUCAGGGAGCGAGAGGACGACUUGUGAUGUAGGGUGACAAUAAAACAUUGUG